UUUCCUGAGGGUCAACUCUCAUACUUCUCUCUAAUUUCUUUGAUUCAUCUGUGCUGACCUUUUCUGUUAGUCAACCAACAUUCUCAUGAAGAAAAAUAAAAAGGAAAGUGAGUUUACAGAAACAAUUCAAAAAUCUAGAGACUAAUUGGGGUUGUGUGAGAGAAAAAAGAAUCAUAGUUGUUUCAUAUGGUUGAAACUAUGGAAUUACUCUGUUUCUUGAUGAUAGCUUUAGUCCAUGUGAUCUCGGUGGCAUUAGCUCAAGAUGGUAACCAAUUUGUGCAUUACGACUUCAGGAAAGCAGAUCUCUACGUAGAUGGAAUGGCAACAAUCGAAGAUGGUCGGUUGAAACUUACUAAUAGUUCAAAAAAAGCCACUGGGCAUGCCUUCCACAAAACACCCAUAAAUUUCACAAACACUUCUUUUUCAUUUUCAACUGAAUUCGUAUUUGCGAUCAUACCAGAGGAAAGUACCAGCUACGGUCAAGGAAUGGCUUUUCUUGUAUCUCCAACCAUUGAUCUAAGGUAUGGCGCUGCAACAUCUUAUCUAGGGAUAUUCAAUAGGACGAAUGAUAAUAAAACCGAAAAUCAUAUCCUUGCCAUAGAACUUGACACUAAUGCAAGCUCAGAAGCACUUGAAGAAAGUGACAACCAUGUAGGGAUAGAUAUAAACAGUAUAGUAUCCGUCUACUCUGCUGAUGCUAGUUACUUUGAUGAUACCGAAGGAUUGAGGAAAAGCCUUGUGCUUGCAAGCAAACAAAGAAUUCGUAUUUGGAUAGAAUAUGAUGGCGAGCAAAGAUUGCUAAAUGUAACUCUUGCUCCACUCGAGAUCCCAAAACCAAGCUUGCCUCUUUUGUCAAGAUCUAUAGAUCUUUCUAAAAUCUUCAAAGAGCAUAUGCAUUUUGGAUUUUCGGGUUCGACAGGUACAAUCAGAAGUCACCAAUACAUCCUUGGAUGGGCAUUGUCUAUAGGCGGAAAAGCACAAAGCCUUGACAUUUCUAAAGUUUUGGAUCUCCCUAGACCACCGCCUAAUCAUAUACCGGUUAUACUUGCUUCUACAGCAACAAUUGCAUUUUUUGUUAUAGCAAGUGGAAUUGCAUACUUUUACCACCAAAAAAGAUUUGCAGAGGUGUUUGAACAAUGGGAACAGAAAUAUAGUCCUCAAAGAUUUUCCUUUAGGACCCUCUACAAAGCAACCGAAGGUUUCAAGGAGAACCGAGUACUUGGAGCAGGAGGGUUUGGCAAGGUUUAUAAAGGAGAUCUUCUUGAUGGUACACAAAUUGCAGUUAAGAGAGUCUCUCAUGGAGCUGAACAAGGAAUGCAAGAGUAUGUUUCAGAAAUUGCUACUAUGGGCAGCCUAAGUCACAGGAACUUGGUUCGACUACGUGGUUAUUGCAGAAGGAAAGGUGAAUUGCUAUUAGUCUACGAGUUCAUGCCAAAUGGAAGUCUUUCGGAUUACUUGUUCCAUGGAAACAAUCUUAGUUGGUCUCAGAGAGUUCAUAUAAUAAAGGGAGUGGCCUCUGCUCUUCAUUAUCUACAUGAAGGUUCGGAACAAGUUGUGUUGCAUAGAGAUAUAAAAGCCAGCAACAUUCUUCUAGAUUCUAAUUUAAAUGGGAAAGUAGGAGAUUUUGGGCUUGCUAGAAUCCAUGAUCGUGGCGAGAAUCUUCAACCCACACGUGUGGUAGGAACCAUUGGUUACAUGGCUCCAGAAGUUUCCACAUUGGGCGUGGCUAACGAGUUGACUGAUGUGUAUGCGUUUGGGGCUCUCAUCCUUGAGGUGGUUUGCGGGAGGAGGCCACUAGACCCAGAGAGAUCACCCGAACAGAGGAUUUUGGUCGAAUGGGUUGCCAGUUGUGGGAGAAGAGGUGGUUUAAUGGAUACUGUUGAUAGUAAACUAGCAGGCAACUUUAGCACUGAAGAGGCCGAGUUACUUUUGAAGCUAGGCAUGCUCUGUUCUCAGAGAGACCCGGAAAACAGACCUACUAUGAAAGAUAUUACAGAAUAUCUUGAACAAAAAAAGAUUAUGCCAAACAUAACGUUUGAUAUCACUGACAUAGGCAUACCUAUUGCACCUCUGAUAUGCAAUGAAUUGACACCAUCACAUGGAACUACCUCCUCAUUUGCUAGUUUCUGGUAUGACACUAUCACAGUGUUAUUUCGCGGUCGCUGAAGCCUGCAUCACAAACUGCUACACUUGCAAGAAACAAUUUCUUGUUAGAGUGCUCUACCUUGUCGUGACUUGUUUAUGAUUGUGUUUGUGAUAUGUUUAUGAUUGUGUUUGUGAUAUGUUGUUGUGUGCAAAUAAAUAUUGGAAGAAGACUAUGUAUAUAUAUGACCACAAUCUUCCCAAAUGUAUGAAAGUUUACAAUUUGUAUA